AUGGGGAAGCAGGAGCCGAAGAACUCGCGCUUCACGCAGCAGCAGCUGCCCGCGUGGCGCCCCACGCUCACCCCCGCGGCGGUGUCCGGGAUGCUCUUCGCCGUCGCGGUGGUGUUCAUCCCCCUCGGCGCGGUGUGCCUCGGCGCGUCCAACUCCGUCGACGAGGUGAGGCGCAGCGACGCGGGCGCGGGUGUGACGUGCGAACUGACGAUCACGCCGCGACGCACUCUGAAGGCGCCGGUGUACGUGUACUACGAGCUACAAAACGUGCUGCAGAACCACAGGAGGUUCGUCAAGAGCCGAAGCGACGAUCAGCUCGCGGGCCGCACCGCGCACGAUGCCACGUUUUGCGAACCCAAGGCGUACGUGGUCAACUCCACGGACGGCGUCAAACGCGAGGUGAACCCGUGCGGGCUGAUGGCGUGGUCGACAUUCAACGACACGUACGCGUUCGAGGUGGACGGCGUGACGGUCCCGGUCAACGCCACCGGCAUCGCGUGGCGGAGCGACGUCGAAGAAAAGUUUGCGGAUUACGCGCCGGCAAACGUCAACGAGGAUCCAUCGACGCGGGGCGGUCGCGCCAUCGGGCCGAGCGUUUCGCGCGACGAGCGUUUCAUCGUGUGGAUGCGAACCGCCGCGCUGCCCAAGUUUCGCAAGCUCUGGGGCCGGAUAGAAACCGACAUACCCGCGGGCGCGACGGUUCGCGUCCGCGUCGACAACGCGUGGAACGCGUACGCCUUCGGAGGGUCAAAAGCGUUGGUGCUGUCGACGACGUCGUUUCUGGGCGGGAAGAAUGCGUUUUUGGGCGCGGCGUACCUGGCGGUGGGGGCGACGUGCGCGCUGGCGAGCGCGGUGUUCCUCUGUCCUGGCAAAAGGUGA